AUGGCGGAUGCGGGAGGAUACAAGAUAUCAUUAGAGUCCACGCCGACAUGGGAGGUGGCUCUGGUGUGCUUCACCAUUGUGCUGAUUUCUAUCACUGUUGAUGCAUUUCUUCAUUGGGUCGGCCGGCGUUUGGAGACGGACAGAGAGUGGCCGCUCAAAGGCGCUUUGCAGAAGAUCAAAGAUGAGCUGAUGUUGCUCGGUGUCAUAUCGCUGCUCUUAGCGGUGUCCCAAACUAUCAUAGGGAAGAUUUGCGUAUCGGAGCAACUCAGCAAAGUCUGGCUUCCCUGCAAGAAGCCCGACUCUUCAUCCACUGUCGCCAAUUUCACUACCAGUUCCUUCCCUUCUGGCGCAACACGAGGACGCCGCCUCCUCGCCAUGGCUUCUAAUACUACUGAUUACUGCGGUCAAAAAGGGAAGGUGGCAUUUUUAUCCGUUGAAGCAGUCCAUCACCUGCACAUUUUCAUAUUUGUGCUGGCCACGUCGCACGUGGUCCUCUGUCUACUCAAAAUAAUUCAAUGGAAGAAUUUGAAUACGAAUAUGUUUGAAGCAGUGACCAGAGAAGAUGUUGACAAAGAACGCGAGAAAUUGAGGCGGUCUUAUGAAAACCCACCUGGCUUCUUCAAAUCUUUGGAAGAGUUCUUCGACGAGAGGCUCAGCAUUGUCUUACAUUUUCCUCUUCUGCAGAGGGUAGUUAUGCUGAAAGGGAUUACCUUAUUGUCCCCGGAUGAGUACCACGCUCUUUAUGUGAACUUCGUAGGGGCAUGUGAUCCGAAAGAUCCAGGGACAGAUCUUCGGAAGCACAUAAUGUGGACUUUGCAAAAGGAAUUUGAGCAAAUGAUUGAAAUCAGGUGGUACUUGUGGUUAUUCGCAGUGAUUUUUUUGCUCGUGAAUGUAGCCGGAUGGCAUGCGCUCUUUUGGAUAUCUUUAAUUACGUUGAUUCUUUGGCUCAUUGCCCACUUCAACUUGGAGAAUAUGAUAAGACAACUAGCAAAAGAGGUUGCCAAAAACCCAACGGUUGUUGAAAUUUCAAGCGACAAGUUCUGGUUCGGUAGGCCUUGUCUCGUCCGCAUCCUGAUUCACUUCGUGCUAUUCGAGAACUCUUUGCAGCUUACUGUCUUCUUCUUUAUAUUGUUCCAAUUUGGUUUUCACUCCUGCAUUAUGGGAAAGGUUGGGUUUGUCGUCCCAAGAAUAGCAAUAGGAACGCUCGUCCGGGUCUGGUGCACUUAUAGAACAUUACCACUAUACGCAGUUAUAAAAUCACAGAUGAAUAUGAAGGAGAAGCAAUCGGACAAACUGAAAGAAAUGUGUCGUGAUCUUGAGAAAAUUAUGACGCAGUACAAGGACCAAUCGGACAAACGUAUAAAAAAGUGUCUUGAUGAAAUUAAGAUAUGGUUGAAGGACAAUCAAAUGGACAAAGAGGGAGAAAUGUGGAUCGUGACCUGGAUUUCGGAGUUGAUUUGUAAUAGAAAGAACCGAGGAAAGGAGCCAAACUCACGGGAGGAGUCCACAAAUAUUGAACCGACCCGAAUGGAUUCAAGAGAGGAAUCUGUCGGAGUUGAGAUAACGGAAGCCGGUGGCGUGAAUUCAACAGAAGACAUUGAAGCAAAAAAAUCGACAACCAAGCCCACACCAACAUUCCAAAUAAAUGUGUUCAUGGAUUGA